CGUGUGCGUGGAUCAGAGGGAACUGCUACGGGCGGAGGCGACGGACUAGCCCCUGCAAGCCAGCCAGCCAGCCCCUCGCUUGGCCCAGCUCGCCCUCCCAGCUGCUCCGGCUGGCCCCAGAGUCUCGAUCGGCCCUAAACCAGCAGUGAGGGUGGCCGAAAGGAAGCCCUUCUGGGCGUCGUGGAUGCCUACCCGGCUGGCUCUCCUGCGUCCUCCUCCUCCCUCCUACUCCUCCUGCCUGCCUGCCUGCCUGUGCCUGCCCUUUUCCUCCCCAGUGAUGCGGCUGCAGUAGCGGCGACGGCAUCAUCAUCGCAGCCUGCUCGAUCCGCCCGCUGCUGCCGCCCUCCCCGGCUCCAUCCCCAGCCGGCUCGGAGCGAGCGAUUUCCUUCCUGCAGCUGGGUGCCGCGGCGGCAUCCUCCUGCCGAGGGCUUGCGGGGCUGGAGACGGGAACCAUUUCCGAGUGGGAGGGAAGGGGAAAGGCGCACGCACGCAGGCAGGCACACACACAGAGCCCAGCCCUCUCCCUCCUUCUCUCUCUCUCUCCGUUCCAGCCCUCCCUUCGGCAAUCGCUAGGCAUUUGAAUGAAGAGUGGUGGUCCUCCUCCUCCUCCUCCAUCUCUUGUUGGGAUGCAAGACCUGAACUUGGAGAAGGCUCGCUUCCGAAGAAGCAGAAGAUGAAGAGCUUAGCAAUGAAUCCGUUGAAGCUCCGAUCCAUCAAAGAGCCGGAUCGACGAGUCACAGACCGUUCCUAAAUGUGAUUAAAUAUCCUUUUCUUCCAAAGCUCAGAGGGAACACAGAUUUACCUGACCUGGCUUCUUCACCAUUUGGCAUUCAAAGCACAGCAUCCUGAGAUUUCAGCGACAGAUGGAUCUCUCCCUCCCUCUCUCUCUCCCUCUCUCUCUCCCUCUCUCUCCCUCACUACCCUCCCUCUCUCCUCCUCUCCCUAUAUUAUUGUGCGUGUAUGUGCGUUCGGCACGUUUGAUCUGAAGUUCUGAAGCAUCUUGGAGGUGACUGGCGAGAGGAGGAGGAGGAGGAGGCAGAAGCAGCACCCAAGCAGCACAGACGACACCAAGGCUGCUCAGCCUUGUGACCCAAACUGCAUCAUGGUCUUGUUGCGGGGAGGCUGUGGGGGAGUUGCACAAAGAUUUGCUGCUGAGUGCUUCAUUUUUGUUUUGCUUUAAGAAGAAGCACAAACCGCCCUGCUCCUGCUGCCCUGGUACAAUUUUCACCCUGGUUCGGCUUCAUCACUCACUGUGUGCAAAACAAGGCUCAUGAGACAAUGGUGGCAUCGGAUAGAACUGGGGUCCCCAUGCCCUUCUUUUGCUAAGCUCAAAAGGUGCCGCUUGCCCUCAGAGCUUUCCCUUCACCUUUGUUUUGCUGUUUUGCCUCGUUUAGCCUAAGAGGGGUGCUGCAGACCAACAUGCUUCACCUGGGAUUUUGGGUGGCUACCCUCUGCUGCAUUUUUGCCCCCGGAGUUGUCCGCAGUGACUGCUGGCUGAUAGAGGGAGACAAAGGUUAUGUGUGGCUUGCAAUCUGCAGCCAGAACCAGCCUCCUUACGAGACGAUCCCCCAACACAUCAACAGCACUGUGCAUGACCUGCGGCUGAACGAGAACAAGCUCAAAGUGGUGCUCUAUUCCUCGCUGAACCGCUUUGGCAACUUGACGGACCUCAACCUAACCAAGAACGAGAUCUCGUACAUUGAGGACGGAGCCUUCAUGGGGCAGUCCAAUCUGCAGGUCCUCCAGCUGGGGUACAACAAGCUCACCAACCUGACGGAAGGCAUGCUGCGUGGCAUGGGCCGCCUCCAGUUCCUCUUCGUGCAGCACAACCUGAUUGAGGUGGUCACCCCCAAUGCCUUCACCGAAUGCCCCAGCCUCAUCAGCAUCGACUUGUCCUCCAACCGCCUCAGCCGGCUUGAGGGGGGCACUUUCACCAGCCUCAGCAACCUUAUGGUGUGCGAACUCGCUGGGAACCCCUUCAAUUGCGACUGCAACCUCUAUGGCUUCCUCAUGUGGUUGGUCGCCUUCAACAAUGUCACAAAAAACUAUGACCGCCUACAGUGUGAGAGUCCCCGGGAGUUUGCUGGCUAUCCGCUUCUCAUGCCGCGGCCACACCAUAGCCGAAAUGCCAUCACCAUCUUCAAGUCGAUGUGUGGGGAUGGUACCUUCCCCUCCAUCUCCAGGAUCAACCCUACACCAUUCAUGCCAGACUCUCAGAGAGACCCAGAUGACAAUGUUGAGAACUCGGGCAUUAGCCCUGGGGACUUCCUCUCGGUUGAACCUCCGGCAUCUUCCACCACAGAUUCCUCCUUCAACCCCAGCAUCAAGGUCCAGCAGGUGACUAUCACCUCGGCUGCCUUGGAGGUGACUAUCCCAUCUCCUUUCAGCAAGAUGUACGUGCUGGUUCUGUACAACAACAGCUACGUCGCUGACAUAAGGACACUGAAAAAGAAGAAGGAGGUUGUCAUUGUCAACCACCUGAAGGCUCACACAGAUUAUACCUUCUGUGUAGCAUCUAUACGCAACUCCAAACGCUUAAACCACACCUGCCUCUCCUUUGCCACUAGAAGCAAAGGCAGAGAGGAACCAAUCCCCAACACCUCCACUACGACCCACUACAUCAUGACCAUCUUAGGCUGCCUUUUUGGGAUGGUGAUUAUCCUUGGCAUCGUCUAUUAUUGUCUGAGGAAGCGGAGGAUGCAAGAGGAGAAGCAAAAGUCUCUCAAUGUCAAGAAAACCAUCCUUGAGAUGCGUUAUGGCUCCGAUAUUGACACCAGUUCCAUCGUACACCCUUCGCAGAAGCUGGGAGAGCCUCCUGUCAUCCCAGUCUCACGGAUGUCCUCUCUUCCAUCCAUGAUUGGGGAGAAGAUGCCUGCCUCUAAAUCAAUGGAUUCUGGCAUGGAGACUCCCAAGGUCACCACCAAGGGCAAUUACAUUGAGGUUCGGACAGGUGGAGGGGAUGGGCUGGACAGGUCACAGCGAGACGAUGACCUGCAUGAACUGGACAAUGGGCAAGGUUCAGCAGCUGAAAUCUCCACAAUUGCCAAGGAAGUGGACAAGGUGAACCAGAUAAUCAACAACUGCAUUGAUGCCCUCAAGCUGGACACAGCCUCCUUCUUGGGGGGAGGGGGUGGUGUUGACUCGGACAUGGCUUUUGAAUGCCAGUCCAUACCGGCCGGUUCCUCUAGCGGACUGGAGCGGCCAAGUUUCCUCUCGCCGCCCUACAAGGAGAGCUCCCAUCAUCCCUUGCAGCGUCAGCUCAGUGCAGAUGCUGCUGUGACCAGGAAAACCUGCAGUGUCUCCUCCAGUGGCUCCAUCAAGAGUGCCAAGGUCUUCAGCCUCGAUGUACCUGACCACCCAGCAUUGAGUAAGGCAGACUCCAAGUACAUUGAAAAAGGCAGCCCACUCAACAGCCCUUUGGAUCGUCUUCCCCUCGUGUCUCCAGGUGCCAUCCACCACCUGGAGGUGAAACCUUCCUACCAUUGCAGCGAACACCGGCAUUCCUUUCCAGCUCUCUACUAUGAGGAGAGUGGCGACACCUUAAGCCAACGGGUGUCCUUCCUUAAGCCGCUCUCUCGCUCCAAGCGGGACUCCACAUAUUCUCAGCUCUCACCCAGACAUUACUUCUCGGGCUACUCCUCCAGCCCAGAGUAUUCUUCAGAGAGCACCCAUAAGAUCUGGGAGCGUUUCCGGCCUUAUAAGAAGCACCACCGGGAGGAGGUUUACAUGGCGGCCGGCCACGCACUACGGAAGAAAGUCCAGUUUGCCAAGGAUGAAGAUCUGCACGAUAUCUUGGAUUACUGGAAAGGAGUCUCUGCUCAGCAGAAGUUGUGACUCUCUCAUUAAAAGGAAGAAAAACCAACCACACAAAAAAAUUUAACCCACCUAACUGUGAAAACCAACCAACCAACCAACCAACCAACCGAACAAAAGAAACUGAAAACUAUUUCUUAAAAGUUUACAAAAAAACCCAAGUGAAAUGAAUUGUCUCUACUGUGUUACGGGGACCAUUGUUACUCCUUCAGAUGGUGGGGAGGAGACACUUGCUUUUAUACUGUGGUCAAGAGAGGGGGACGACGGUUAGGGGGGAGAAUGAGCUUGUAGGUAGCAGCAGUGGGAGGGGAAGGAUGCUAACCAGGCAUAGGCUAAGACGCUAACCAUCACUUUUCUGUUUUUCUUGUUGUUUUGCUGCAGAAAGGGCGGGAUUUUGCUUGUUCCUCUGACAAAAGAGAGGGAUGGCCGCCUCCUUAUUCCUCACUGUACAUUGAUUUCCAGGGGUCUUUUGAACAUUGCCCUGACCCCACAGGAGCUGCCUGUCCUCGAGCAGCUGGGGUAAUGUUUAAAUAACCCAACCACAUGAGCAAGAGUAGAUUCCAUGGAUGCCGAACAGGACAUUUGCACACUGCUGGGAUUGGGGAUGCCACUUCUGUGGCAAAAGCCCACAUGGUCAACCCCAGCCCGUACAGUUGGGUCAAUCAAAUGCCAUUUCAGCUGUGCCAGAACUUUUCAUGGAGAAACAACUCCCUUGUAGCUAGAGUAAGGCUUCCAGAAGAGAUGUAGAGUCAAAUGAUUAUCUUUGGUGUGCUUGGAGUCGUAUUGGCCUACUCACAUGCUCCCAUCUCCCCAUAUCCUCCUUGCUGAGAUUUGUGCAAGCAGAAACUAGAGCAAAAAAGAGUCUUUUUAGGAUAUCCUCACCUGCCCAUGACUGGUGUAGGCUGCUGCAGGACCUAGUGGCUUCCUUCACUGUGGAAGAGCCUUGGUGAGGAAGCCUUUUUAUGAUGGGGUCUACCGUCUUCUCCCUCUGCCUCCCCCCCUCCAUUUCUGAGGAAGAGAAAGUGUGAGCUCUCGUGGAGGCUCCCCAUAUCUCAGUAGAGUGUUCCAGUUGUCUUCCAAGAAGGGAGGGUGAAUAUGUUGUCCAGCACAGGAAAAGAGAGAUCACCUAUCUGAGGGGAAGGAGAGGAGGACAUUAUCUGUAGUCUCUCUAAAAUAUCCAUGAGUUCUGACCCCACUCCUCACCCCACCCCACCCCACCCCACCCCACACCUCAGCAUCAAGAUGGUGCGAGCAGCACACAAUUCCCUCCUAGGAUAUGCUGUGCACUGUGUGAAGCAGAGCCUUGUGAAUGACUGACUGACAGGCAGACUCCAUGACUGACAUGGUUCCUUACUCUGAAAGAAUGGACAGAAUCCAUUAUGAGAUUCACCAGUGGGUGAUUCUCAACUUCCUUUACACGAAGUGUCCUCAAAUUUUGGUCCCCAGAUUUUGUUGGACUACAACUCCCAUCAUCCCCAGCCACAAUAGUCAGUCGUUGUAGCUUGGGGUGAUGGGAAUUGUAGUCCAGCAACAUUUGGGGACCAAAGUUGAGAACCCCUGCUUUACACCCAACUGCCACUAUGUGAUCUACGAUGCAAAUAAGGGAAAUACAUAGCACUAUGUGGCUAGAAGUAAACUGUUUAGGACUGUCUUAUGGUAGAUUCUAUUGGAUGGCCCUAGAGGAAAACAAGAGAGCAGAGAUGUACCACUUCUCAGAGGCCUUGAGUCAAAGAGGGCAAGACGAGGAAGUUGACUGGCUUAGGAACAAGCAAGCAAAGCAGUCCAAGUGACCCUGGCCGGGGGCGGGGGAAAUAGACAUUACUUGGUUACAUUGGUGGGCAGGCCAGCCUCACUCACCGGCACCUGGCAGUUUGUGCCCAUCACCUGCCCUCAUGGCUUCCUUUGGCUGGUGACACCCCAGUCCUGACCACCAGACUUCCAUAUACAACUGGGGAAAGAUGCCAGUGGCCCCUGGGAGGAGCAGAGAAUGAUGCAAAGGUGAAGGUGAAUGAGCCAGAGGCUGGGUGAACUAUUUCAGGGGUUCCCAACUUGUGGUACUUCAGAUGCUCCUGAACUAAAGGUAAAGUGUGCCGUCGAGUCGAUUUUGACUCCUGGCGCCCACAGAGCCCUGUGGUUCUCUUUGGUAGGAUACAGGAGGGGUUUACCAUUGCCGCCUCCCGCGCAAUACGAGACAAUGCCUUUGAGCUACAACUCCCAUUAUCCCCAGCUAUGAUUUAUUGUGGCUGGGAGUUGCAGUUCAGGGACAUCUGGAGCAGUAUUCCCUCUAAGAGGGAUUCCCAGGUGUUGUUGACUACAAUUCCCAGCAUCCCCAGCUGCAAUAGCCUUUACUUGGGGAUCCUGGGAGUUGUAGACAACGUCAUCUGGGAUUCCCUGUUAGAGCAAACACUGAUCUGGAGUACCACAGGUUGGGAACCCCUGCGCUAUUUGAAGGUCAGCUACUCUGCCAUCUCACAGGGCCAGCAGGAUUGGAAUAAUGUAACCAAGGAGCCAGUGGUAGGUAAGAAAGUAUGGAGGGGGAUGCUGAGAAUGGGGCACCCAGGCAAAAUACUGCAUUAUAGACAAUGUGUCAUCUAUGCAGGGAUCCUCAACGUUGGGCCCCCAGAUGUUCUUGGACUUCAACUCCCAUAAUCCCCA